AUGAAACCGUUGGACAUCUGUUUCAUGUAUUUAUAUGUUGUACAGGGAGACCACGAACUGGCAGCAAGUGCAGAGGCUGGUGUGCCACCAGCUGACGGUGACGCAGCUGUCGUUCUCGCCGGACAGUCAACAGCUAGUGUCCGCGUCGCGCGACCGCCGCUGGGCGCUGUACCGGCGGCGCGCGCGCUCGCUGCACUUCGACGCGGUCGCCGCCUCGGACAAGGCCAGCGGCGUGCACGCGCGCAUCAUCUGGUGCUGCGCUUUAAAGCGAGCGUAGAGCUUAUUCGUCCCUCAAAGGCCGGCAGCGCGCUUGUAGCUCCUCUGGUGUUGCAGGUGUCCAUGGGCGGCGGUAAUCACUCACCAUCAGGACUUCUUUUAAUAUACAUAGAUUCCAAUGGAUUUAACCUUUUAAGUCUUAAAGUACUAGUUUCUAUAUUGCCAGCUCUGGACGAGAGGGGGUCUCAUCAAGUGUGCUUAUGGUCGAAAACUGAAAAGACAGAAUCGUCUCUAGGCGAGUACGGUCUGGUCGGUUCUCCGUUAGAAGUGAAUAUUUCAGUGACGGCGCUUGCAUUCGCGCCCAUAGACACUGAAAGCAGAGUAAUCGCUAUCGGAUUAGAAACCGGAAACAUUAGGAUAUACGGAUUUAACACUAGUUGGAGUUUGAUGCGCGAAAUGGAUACCAGCGCGUCGCAUCACCUGACAGUGAGCAGACUCUCGUUCCGUCCGCGGCGGCAGCACCCGGACCGGCUCGUACUCGCCAGCUGCGGCGCUGACCACUUCCUCAGGAUACACGAGAUUACUUUAGAGUUUAUAAUCAGCUGGAGUUUGAGAUAUUGUGAUAACCUGACGUGCAGCCGUGUGUACCUGCAGAAGGCUGAAUGUCUACGUGCGGAAAAUGUUGCUCAAUUAAAAUGCUUCAAGUAUCGCACCAUCGGCGAAUCCACCAAAAGCGCUGCCAAACACCCCCAUUGGGGUUCGAGGAUAGCUACCACCAGAGGAAGACAACUUAAACAAGCUGUAGACACCAACCACCUCGUUACGCUCUCUACUUCAGAACCAACGCACUGGCCAACAGACACGAAUAAACUGCCAGACAUAAUAGACUUCUAUAUUUGCAAAGGAAUGUCGCAAUAUGCCUCUAAAACGGAUGCGUGUUUGGACGGAUCCUCAAACCACACAUCAGUUCUACUUACGCUGAGCACCACGUUGCUAGAAUAUGAGAUAACCCCUAAAUUAUACAACAAGAGUACCGAUUGGGACUCUUUUCGAGAGAUCAUAGAUAGAAGACUGGAAUUGAAAAUUGCACUUAAAACCCCAGAUGACAUCGAUGCGGCUGCAACCAAACUUACAAAUCUAAUACAAGUUGCCUGCUGGUUAACAACCUCAAACAGACAAAAUAAGUAUCCAAAACACAACAGCGUUCCAGCAACUAUUCGAUUGAAAAUCCAGGACAAAAGAAGACUUCGUAGAGUUUGGCACUGCAGCAGGCUUGAGGUAGACAAAAAAGCUUUAAACAAAGCUAUAGUGGAACUAAGAGAACUAAUCAAGGACGCUGAAAAUAAAACUAUCACCUCAUACUUAGAGUCGUUGACACCAACAAGGUCAUCCGAUUAUUCCCUUUGGAAAGCUACUGCGCAAUUUAAUCAACCCAAGCGAACCCGACCACCUCUCAAAUUACAAAAUUGCACAUGGGCAAGAACAGCUCAGGAAAGAGUAGAUGCUUUUGCCAACCACCUAUCUAAUGUCUUCAAACCAAACGAAGCUACAAAUAGUGAAGAUCCAGAAAUUGAAGCCAUAUUAAACCAAGAUCUACAGAUGGACCUGCCUUUAAAAACAACAAACCCUAAAGAAGUUCUAAAGUAUAUUUUAAAACUGGAUAAUAAAAAAGCACCUGGUUUUGAUGAAAUAUGUAAGGAAGUCUUAGUCCAACUGCCAAGAAAAGGUUUAGUGUAUCUAUCGACACUUUUUAAUGGCAUCAUGAGAACCGGCCACUUUCCAGGUAUUUGGAAGGUUUCUGAAAUUAUAAUGAUACACAAGGAAGGAAAACCCAUUAAUGAAGUGAGCUCUUAUAGACCUAUCAGCCUGCUACCGGUCAUCUCAAAGCUAUUUGAAAAGAUACUUUUGGUACGCAUGCUGGACGCCCUAUCUGAAAGAUCGGUAAUCCCUGACCAUCAGUUUGGAUUCCGACAAGAACACGGAACAGUGGAACAAGUACACAGAGUUGUUGAUCAAAUAAGAAAAUCCCUGGAAUUAAAAGAAUACUGUUCAUCUGCGUUCCUCGACAUAGAACAAGCUUUUGACAGAGUCUGGCACAAUGGCUUACUCUGCAAAAUCAAAACAUCGCUGCCACAUACCUUCUUCGGUAUAGUAAAAUCAUACCUUUCUGAGAGAAUCUUUCACGUAAGAGACGGGGAAUACUCAUCCAAUUUCUAUAAAAUACGGGCUGGAGUACCGCAGGGAUCGGUGUUGGGACCCCUUUUGUAUACCAUAUUUACGUCGGAUCUUCCAGAAACCACUGGAGUAUUAACUGCUACAUUUGCAGAUGACACUGCCAUUCUUGCUAGUAGCAAGAAUCCAGAAGAAGCAAACCAGCUUCUGCAGCAGGAGCUGGACAAAAUAGAAAAAUGGUUAAAGAAAUGGAGAAUCAAAGCUUCUUCUUCGAAAUCAGUUCAUGUCACAUUUACCCUUCGUAAAGAAGACUGUCCACCUGUAAAACUGGAAGGAAAAAUUCUACCGCACCAGGAUACAGUUAAAUACUUGGGUAUGCACUUAGAUCGUAGACUAACAUGGAAGAACCACUUGCUUAAAAAAAGAGACCAAAUUAACAUCAGAUACAGGAAUCUGCAAUGGCUACUUGGACGACACUCUGUGCUGAGCAUUGAUAACAAACUCCUUAUUUACAAGGUUGUCUUAAAACCAAUUUGGACAUAUGGUAUUCAGCUGUGGGGAUCAGCCUGUAACUCCAGUAUAGAAAUUAUUCAAAGAGCACAAAAUAGCAUCUUAAGAAAUCUAUCUAAUGCGCCAUGGUUCAUAAAAACAACUGAACUCCAUAAUGAACUUGGAGUUUGCACAGUCAAGGACGAAAUAAGGCAAUACUCGGCCAAAUACAAAGAGCGCCUUCUUACUCAUCCAAAUUGCCUGGCAGUACAAUUGACCAGCGUCAACUACCCCAAGAGGCUUAAACGACAACACAUCAUUGAAUUAUCACUUUGA